CUUAGCGAGUUGUCUUGACUCGCGCGUCUCCGUCUCAUCCCUCCAGAGCUGUAGAAAUGGGAAACCCCAGAGUUUUCUUUGACAUCACUGCUGAUGGGGCUCCACUUGGCAGGAUCGUAAUGGAGCUGCGAGCUGAUGUGGUCCCAAAGACUGCAGAAAAUUUCCGGGUCUUGUGCACCGGUGACAAAGGGUUUGGUUACAAAGGCUCCAUCUUCCACCGUAUUAUCCCCGGAUUCAUGUGCCAGGGUGGAGAUUUCACCAAACAUAACGGAACUGGAGGCAAAUCCAUCUAUGGUAAUACGUUUGCUGAUGAGAACUUUACGCUGAAGCACACAGAACCAGGGAUCCUUUCCAUGGCGAACUCAGGACCAAACACCAAUGGCUCCCAGUUCUUCAUCUGCACAGAAAGGACACCCUGGCUGGACGGCAAGCACGUGGUGUUUGGCAGUGUUGUGGAGGGCAUCGAUGUUGUCAAAAAGAUGGAAUCUUACGGCUCAAAUAGAGGCAGGACAAGUCGCAAGAUUACCAUUGCUAAUUGUGAUCAGCUAUGAGCAGGGCAGCCGUUUGACCUGCACUCUGUAAGGUCAAUGAGUCAACCUUGAUGAAAUACCUUCUUCCUGUUUGAUCUAAUUUCUGCUGUGUUCAGAUUUGUGCUGGGACAUCUUGUAACUUCUGUGAUCUUUCUUUGGAGGACAACACUUGUUAUAAAAAUCAGCAUAAAUUACACUGGUGUUAAGAAAAAAUAAAAAAAAAUAAAUCCA